GAUUAAAGCGCUUCUCCUUUAGCAGGGAUUUAUUUAUCUCCUCCUCCGAGCACUCACACACACACACACACACACACACACACACAUAUUAUAUAUAUAUAUACACACACACACACACACACACACCCCGCGGAACAGCAGCAUGUCUGUAGCAGGGCUGAAGAAGCAGCUCCAUAAAGCCACUCAGAGAGUGAGUGAGAAAGUGGGCGGAGCUGAAGGAACCAAACUCGACAAUGACUUCACAGAAAUGGAGAAGAAGGUGGAUGUUACGAGCCGAGCUGUGCUGGACAUCAUGACCAAGACUACAGAAUACCUGCAGCCCAACCCAGCGACCCGUGCUAAGAUGAGUAUGAUGAGCUCCAUGUCGAAGAUCCGUGGGGGUGAUAAGGGGCCGGGUUACACACAGAUGGAGACAGUACUGGGUGAAGCCAUGCAGAAGUUCGGCCGUGAGCUCGGGGACGAUUCAAACUUCGGCCUUGGUCUGAUCGAUGCUGGAGAAGCCAUGAAAGAGCUUGGGGAGGUGAAGGAUGCAUUGGAUAUGGAGGUGAAACAGAACUUUAUCGACCCGAUGCAGGUGUUGCAUGAUAAAGACCUGAAGGAGAUCCAGCACCAUUUGAAGAAGAUGGAGGGUCGGCGUCUGGACUUUGACUAUAAGAAGAAGCGUCAGGGGAAGGUUACUGAGGACGAGAUCAAGCAGGCGCUGGAGAAAUUUGAUGACUCCAAGGACAUCGCUGAGCAGAGCAUGUUCAACCUGCUGGAGAGUGAUGUGGAGCAGGUGAGUCAGUUGGCUGCUCUGGUGCAGGCUCAGGUGAAUUAUCACAGACAAGCAGUGGAGAUCCUGCAGCAGCUCUCCAGCAAGAUUGAUGACAGAAUUAGAGAAGCUUCCAAUAAGCCCAGGAAAGAGUACACACCUAAACCUCGAGCUUCACUCGACUUAUCCUCUAUUGAGAGCCAUAAUGGUGGAUUAGGACACAACCGGGCUGCCUCUCGCUCCCCGGCUCCUCUGGAUCAUCCGUGUUGUCGCGCGCUGUAUGAUUUUGAUCCAGAAAACGAGGGAGAGCUGGGCUUUAAGGAGGGUGACAUCAUCACGCUGACCAAUCAGAUCGAUGAGAACUGGUAUGAAGGGUCAGUAAAUGACCAAUCAGGAUUCUUCCCUGUUAAUUAUGUUGAUGUCAUGGUGGCUUUGCCACAUUAAAUCCAUCCUGAACCUUCAACUAUUGACGUGCACUUCUCUUUGGAAAGAGAGAAAAAUAUCAUCAGAGCGAUCAUUAGAGCAGAAAGAAAGAAUAUUUGUCUUUCUGUUUUUGCCCUGUUUCUCUCUGUUCUCUCUUGUGUUCUGAAGGUUUCUGAUCUUUCUCUCCUUUGUUUCCUGCUCUCUCUCUCCUCUGUCUUUGUGUUUCUCUCUUCUUUCACUCUUCUAUUUCACUUUUCUCCUUCUUUCUCUCUGUCGUAUUUGUGCAUGAUGUAAGAAGCGUUUGCACUUUAGAGGAAAUUUAUUAUUUCCAUUUUGAUUUUGUUUGUGAUGUGAAAGUGUUGUUAUAAAUUUCUAACCGUCGUCACCUCCUGCAGAGAAACAGCUGAUGUGUUGUGUUCCCCUCUGAGCUCCACUGAUCUUUAACUAUGAAAAGGCUCUAUUAUUAUAAUAUUUGUCAAUUCUGUUAUAAAUGAUUAUUUUAAUACAUUUAUGAUUUAGUACAUGAACAGUAAAUGAAAUGUGAAUCAAUGAAAGUGAUGAAUAAUGAUAAUUAUUAUUAUUAUUAUUAUUAUUUUCUUCUUUUUGCAUGCUGAGUUUCACUUGAACACGUUUCACACGGCUGGAACUUUUAUUUAAUCCUAAAGAUGAAUUUAAUCACAGUAUUAAACACCAACAAUAACAGUAAUGUGAAACUGAGACUGUGACAUGUUAAUAUUAAUAAACACACAGUGAGAA